GGGGGGGGGGGGGGUGAGGAGGGGAAGAGCUCCGCUUCUCGGAAAAUACGAGCUCCCAACAACCUGUUCCGGAGUGGGGCGUCAGCGUCCACGUAUCUGGGAAAGUGGGCAGCGUUUCCAAGGGAAAUCGUAAGCGCGGAACGCGGCUACGUCACUUCAAAGCGACCUCACGCGGGCGAUGACGACUAUGGCGGCGCGUGGGAAGGUGGUCAUCUUCGCCCGUGCUCGAAAGUGUUGAAUAGGGUCGACCCGCCAAAAGGAAGAGGAAUCGGCGGGAGCAGCUUCCUCUUAAAGGGGCAGUAGCGUCUGCCGACGGCCUUCGUGAAGCUGCGUUGAAGAGAAAGAAAAGGGGACGGGAGUGCCUAUCCAAAUGAAGUGCAUUGGACUGCUUAUGAAUGAUCCCUGAUUGGUGAUGUCAUCUCUGCCUUGACCAGGGGGGAAAGGUUUUCUGUCACAGCAUCAUCUCCUCCUGGACCUGCUGUUACUGUUAAAACUGGCUAGAUAAAUGGAGCAAGAGUGCUUGGCUCUUCUUGCUACUUGUGUUCAAACUUCUCAAUUGCUAGUGCAACAAUGGAUGCUGAACAGGCGUACUGUGGUAUUUGCCAUAGCAAGGAUUCUUCAGCGGAGGCACUUUCGCCAGUCAGCUACAGUGCUGAGGCGCAUCCUCUCAGCUAGUGUCCGUCGUAAGAGAGCCUUGCUACGGCUUCAUCGCAAUGCUAUAGUCUCUGUGGUUACUAUGGUUUACUCAUCUUCACCAGCACUGCAUUAUGAGCACGAGCUGAUGGCCCUGUCUGAGCGAUCACACUGGAUGCUCCCCAGAUGUAGUGAGUGGUGGGAGCGAAUGAUUUCUUCGGAACAGGAUGACAAGUGUUGGAUUUCUUUAUUCAGAAUGUCCCGCUCCACACUGAUGUAUAUUGCUGAGGAGUUGCGUCCUGCCUUACAGCGUCGAGACACUGGCAUGAGGUCACACAUUCCUGUGGAGAAAAGGGUGGCUAUGACCAUUUGGAAACUUGCACAUCAUGACAGUUACAAGACUGUCUCGGAGCUCUUUGGAGUGGGAAUUUCAUCAGCCUGCUCAAUCUUUGAAGAAGUCUGCGAGGAAAUAAAUAGUCGACUCCUGGCCCAAACAAUUUUGUUGGGCAAUUCACAAGAUAUUAUGGAAGGCUUCAAGGAUAUGGGUUUUCCCAACUGCCUUGGUGCAAUUGAUGCAAUCCAUAUCUCCAUCCUGUGCCCUCCCUUCUCUGCCGACUCCUACAUUAAUUGCAAAGGGUUCUAUUCGAUGGUGUUGCAGGCUCUAGUAGAUAGUAAAUCUCGUUUCACUGAUAUUUAUGUUGGGUUUCCAGAGAGAUCCCAUGAUUCGCGCAUCUUGCAUAACUCUCCUUUUUUCAACAGCAUGGAUGAAGGCACAUUUGGCCCACAAACUCCAACAGCACUAGAAGGGGUUUCAAUGACUCCUGUUGUCAUUGGAGAUCAUGCCUAUCCACUUCGCCCCUGGCUAAUGAAACCAUAUCCAGCACCAAAAACUGAGGCCCAAGAAAAGUUCAACGAUAGACUUGCCAAAUGCCGAACAUGUGUGGAGAGAGCUUUUGGGGUCUUGAGAGCUCGCUGGCGAUGUUUGCAAAUGAGACUGGAUGUAAGAGAGAAGCUCAUUCCUGUGGUCAUAGCUACAUGCUGCAUCUUACACAAUAUUUGUGAGAUCAAAGGGGAUGAGCUCCUAGAACCAUUAGAGAGUCCUAUAGCUGCUGAUACCCAGAGUGCUUCAGCCAGGCCAAGGGUGCCACUGUCAGAAGCUGGACUUACUAAGAGAGCUUGCCAGAUCAGGGCUGCGUAUUGUUCCUAUUUUGAAAAGAACCCUCUCUAGAACAGACCAAGUAAUUUCAAUGUGUGAGUGGCCUGAUUAUAUGAUACAAUAUCGUUACACUGAUGUAAUUGAAUUUUUACAUAAAAAUAAAAAAAAUGAGUAUGAAUAAUCUAUUGCGUUAUUAUAUAAGAGAUCUGCUUCUCUGUCACUUCCCAGUUGAAUACAACAUGCUCUAUAAGGAGCAUCCCUUGAACAACACUGGGAAGUUUCAACUGUUAUAGAAUGUAGCAUCAAAGUUCUGCACAGCAUGAGGCCAGAUUGUGGUAGAAUGAUUUUGUGCUUGGUAGAAUUUGGUGUGAUCCUGGGCACAAAGCAGGGUAUGAUCUUAGCAUCAUUAUGUCAUAAUGAAAUAUACAAAGGUUUAAAAUAAAAAAGACCUUUUGUUCAUGACCCUUCUAGCCAAGCUAGUCCUAUCAAAGAGGCACAAUAUGUUAAGAAGGAAUUUCUUAAUGCAGAGGUCUGGGCCCAAAGUCUGCAGAACCAAAAAGGUUGUCGACCACUGGCCUAAUGGGAUUCAAAGUGAUCAGGCAUUACAGCUUGAAGAUUCAGUGCCAAGUCACAUGGACUGGGGUGAGAUGAGCCUGUGACUUUGAGGAAGAAGCACACCUGAGAAUGAUCAGAUAAAGAUGUCCCUCAUCUACCUAGAAGAAAUCUAUUACAUUGCUAGAAUUCUAUCCAGGCACACCAAAAAGAAUCCCAAAAGUUGCAGAUCCUUUGAUGCUGGUGCCACAAUCUUUUUUUCUCAUAUUCAAAAGCACACCAAAUCAUAUGAUAAAUAUUUGGUCUCCAAAAGGCCAAGGUUUUCGCUGCUAGGCACAGAUAUUCUCAUUCAGUUUCCUAGUCUCAAAGUUGUAACUGAAGAGAAUCAGAAUUAAAAAAUUAUUGUUCAAGUAGUUCUUGUAAUCUUAUCUGACUCCAGUGAAAAACUGGACUUUAAGAAAUUAUGUUGACUAUUUCAGUACAUACCACGGGGGAUCUUCACCAGGUUUAUCAGGCAAAGAGCAAUAGGGUCCUAAAGGCAGAAUGAAUUAUUAAAAUCAUCCACAGCUUGAAUAUCUUUGUUACUGUCUGGAUAGCAGUGGCAUCAAAGGAAAUAUAUAGAGCCAGCUAUGGUCCCACCAGGGCAUCAUUUGACUUCGUUCUGUGGUCUUGAAAAGAAUCACCUGGGUUGGUGGUUACCUGCUCUUACAGAUAGGUUGAUCAAAGGGAAAUUCCCACCCUUUUUCAGUCUUCUGAAGUCUAUAACUGGACACAUUUGUCCUGAAACAUUUUGCUAUUUAUUGUGGUAUUCGGUGAGCCCUUUAUGUACCCUGCUGAUAUGAAUAAACAUACGUUCAA